GAUCCUGUCUUCCAGGAGCUCUGCCUGGCCCUUGACCCUGGACUUCAGGCAAUUGUGGAUGCCAUCAAUGCUCGCCGGCUUGCUCGCGCAAGUGACCCUGCUACAGGGGAGGAGUCCGAUGAAGAUGCCUAUGAGGAUGUGGACGACGUUGUUGCAGACACCGCAGCAAACCCAAGCGUAGCUGCACCGACCUCUUUGGCAAACCCAUCAUCCGAGCAUUACACCUUCCCCACCAUCGGCACCGAUGAGGCGUUCUGGUUCCAAGGACUUUGGCGCAUCGGCUGCAGCGGAGAAGACGUGGGCGGAGGCCGUUCGUUGUCUGCAUCCGAUCGUGCUGCUAUCGCUGCUCGAGACCUCUUCUACGCCUACGACUCCACCCCCGAGCUCAACCGCCAGCGAGACCUCAGGACCACUUUCGACCCAGACCUCGUUCAGCUUGGAUUCAGAUUUGAAGAAGCUGCCGAUGCUUUCACUGCCAGUGAAGAUGAGGCACCUGCUUUGGUGACACGAAAGGAUCAGCUUCGUACGAGGCAGGCGCUUAAGGCCAGCAACAAGCGCGGAAUUGCCUCAGACCCCGAGGCAGGCACCCGCCUGCUUCGGAGGAAGAGCAGUCGCAAGCUCAAGAAGCUCCGCAAAAUGAAGCGGACAAAGGCGCCGAUUGAGGAGGAGCAGGCGGAGCCGGAUGAAGAACAGGCCGAACCGGAGCCAUCGAGCGAGGAGCAGGCCGAGCAGAUGGACGAGCCGAAGACCCGGCCGAAGGCCAAAGGCAAGGCCAAGGCAGCAGCAAAGGGGAAGGGGAAACCCAAGGCGAAGGCAAAAGCCUUUGCCUCCGCAAAGGCGAAGGCGAAGGCCAAAGCCAAAGCGAAGUCUUCUCCGAAGGCGAAAGCCAAGGCCGCAAGCAAGCGGACGCGCAAGGGGGACGAGGGCGACGGUGACGUGGGCAGCUCGUCAGUGCCUGUGGCGAAGGCGAAGGCGAAAGCCAAGGGCAAAGCUAAGGCGAAGCCCUCGCAUCCGAGUGCCGAGGAGCUGAGCACCAUCACGAUGCAGGAGGCCCUUUGGUACUUUGAGGUCAAGACCAGAGCGGAGCUCCGGGAGAGGAUGAUCGCCUAUGCACGGUUGUUCCCCGACCUUCCGGUUAGCAAGUCCUCGAAGUGCAAGCUGAAGGCAGAGCUUCUGGACACGGAGCAUUGCCAGCUGACGGUGUACUGGACCAGGGCCACAGUGGGAGUUCUUGCAAGGGACGAGAAAAGAGAGAUCGCGAACUUCUCGCCGCCAUGCGCCUUCAAGCAAGUGCCCUGGUCCAUGAAGCAGGCCUUGGCCCUCAAGACCGGUGAGAUCUUGGCAGUCUACGUGGACUACCUCAUCAAGGAUGAGUAUAUCACAGGGACCGAUGUGGCAGCGACCCCCGAGGUUUCGAUGAUGACAGCAAUGCUGAAAGAGCAGAUGCACUUGGCUUUGGGAAGCUUGAAGCCUCAUCCAUAG